CCUGGUUGGUGCAUGGCUGCUGCAUGUCUGUCUGGUUCUACCUAUAGCUACUUCUUCUUUCCCUUGGUGUCGUCUUCGCACUCCUCCUCGGUGAUGUCGACGUCCUCGACGAAGUUGCACACGAACCUGCACCACGGCUCACGCUCCUUGCCAAGCGUCUUGACGCAGCUCUGGAUGCACAACGCUUUCUGAACCACACACACACACACACGCGCACACACACGCGCGCACACGGAGAGGGACCACAUCACAUCACAUGCGCCACACAACCAACCACAUGCAGGCAGGUUGAAGCGUCUCUCCCUCUCUGUGUGCUGUGCCGUCUUGGGCUCGCUUACCCCGAGCUCUUUGAGUCGCUUCUCCAUCUUGUCCUUGUUGAGCUUGACCUUGAUGCGGAUCCGGCGCAGCCGCAGCGACUCGCACACGGCGAACAGGUGGCUCACGGCCACCAGCACCAGCAGCAACGCGCCCAGCAGCUUCAUUUCCACAAACAAGACAGACAGGUCUAUCAAACUACCAACCCACAAGCGAGAAAAGGG